UCCUAGAGACGUCGGAACUGUAUAACAAGCGCUUCAUGUCAGACAAACAACGUGUCUCGCAUACAGAUAGUAAAUGACUAUUUUUUUAAAUAAAAUAAUUUGUUCCAAAAUAGAUUCAACGGGAAAUAACAUGAUUAGACAUAAGUACAUCUAUCUAAACGUAUUUAAAGGAUUACCGUUCUUGUUUUUAAUAGCAUAGCAACUAUAAUUCAGUGCUAGGUUGUACCAAUUUGACCGAGUCAAGGCGAAGGUCGGAUCAUUGAUAGAUAGUUUUUGUGCGUCUGCCUUUUACUUGGAAAGUAAAUGAGUAUUUAAAGGCAAUAGAUCAGAUUCAUGGUGUAUUACUUCAGAGAGCAAUCAGCAAACAUGAAGAAUUUGACGAUUGUUGCCCUAGUUAUUGUUAUUUUGGCGGUGUGCAUCUACGAUGUAUCCGCGAAACCUGGCAACGACAAAGGUGUUGGCUAUGUAGGAAAAGGCGGAGGCAAAAAUACCGGAGGGAAGGGCAAAGGCGGCAAUGACAGCAGUGAUAGCAAGGACAGCUCCAGCAGCGAGAGCGACGAGAGGAAAGGCAAGGGCAACAGCGGCAAAGGCAACGGCGGGAAAGGCAACGUCGGGAAAAAAUGGCGAUAGAACAACAUUAGGAAGUUACUAACCUAAAUACCAAAAAUUCUGAUACCAUAGUUUGACAUGGCUAACCAGGCAAUUUAUUUAUUAUUUGCACUAAAAUUUAGUAGUUAUAUUAUAAUAGAUAGACUUUACCAAUAAACAUUUUAAUCAAUAGUUAACUUAGUGUUUUGCCUUCUUCAGUCUUACACGGUAAGAAAGAAAUAACAAAAUAUUAAUUAGUUAAACCCAGAUUAAUAAUGUUUAUUUGUAAAGAUAUGUUAGAGUAUAAUAUUUAUUGUAGAAUUUUAUUACAUGUAUAGACAUAGAUAUUUUAUAAAUAGCUUAAUGUUCUUUCAGGCUUUAGAGCAAAGGGGAAAUAUAAAUAAAUAAUAUCGAACACAUUG